AAACCACUAAAAACCUCUUUUACUAGCUAGUUCCUUAAUUUACUCUCCAAAAAUAAAAGUUCAUUUAAUUUUCUUCUUCUUAAUAUUUCAAGCUUAGAUUUUCGAAGAAGAUAUAUAUAUAUAUAGAAGAAAUAUUAUAUAUCAUUCCAUAUAUUGAUAUAUGGCUGGUAGUUUGUUUGAUGAAGAAUGUGAUUACUUGUUUAAAAUGGUUUUGAUAGGGGAUUCAGCAGUUGGGAAAUCAAAUCUUUUGUCAAGGUUUGCUAAAGAUGAGUUUCGUCUUGAUUCUAAGCCGACGAUCGGGGUUGAAUUUGCUUAUCGGAAUGUUAAGAUCAAAGACAAGAUCGCUAAAGCUCAAAUAUGGGACACUGCUGGACAAGAGAGAUUUAGAGCUAUAACAAGUUCAUACUAUCGUGGAGCACUAGGCGCUAUGUUGGUCUAUGACAUAACACGAAGGGUAACCUUUGAAAACUUGAGGAAAUGGUUACAUGAGCUAAGGGAGUAUGGAAAUCGCGACAUGGUGAUUAUUCUUGUUGGCAAUAAAUCCGACUUGGUUGACGCUAGAGAAGUAAAGGCCGAAGACGGUCAAAGUCUUGCUCAACUUGAGGAUUUAUGUUUUAUGGAGACUUCUGCAAAAGAGAAUUUAAAUGUAGAAGAUGCAUUUCUUCAAAUGAUCACAAAAAUAUUUGAAAUUGCAAGUCAAAAAAGCCUUGAAGCCAAGGAAAAAGAACCAACAAAGCAAGCUCUUGAUGGGAGAAAAGAAAUUAUAUAUGUUGUGGAUGAAGUAAGUGCUACUAAACAAACUAAUUGUUGUACAAGUUGAUUAAUUAGUUGAAUAGAAUGUUUGUAUCAUUUUAAAUUUUCAAAAUAGUAUGACCAUAUUGAAAGCAA